GAGUCAAUCAUUUCUCAAAUAUCUUAUUUUUGCCCUCUCCGGCACAAUCUGUGCGCUGUUCACACUCAUGAUAAGGGCGUCCACGCGUUAUUUCACCACAACAAGGCCCGUAUGAGGACGUUAUUUGGCAUUCACAGGCCUCUUGUUGUUGUUGUUGUUUUGUUUGUUUGUUUUUUCCCCACCCCUCCUACUCCGACGAAUCUGAAAUCUGAAUGAACCAGUAAAGGAGGAGGAGGGAAACAAAAGCGGAAAAAGUGCGUGUUUUUAAAAACAACAAGCAAAAAACAAAAACAAAAAACAAACGAAAGGAGAGAGAAUGACCCUGGAAUCCAUAAUGGCGUGUUGUCUCAGCGAGGAGGCGAAAGAAGCCCGGCGGAUCAACGACGAGAUCGAGAGGCAGCUCCGCCGGGAUAAGAGGGACGCGCGCCGGGAACUGAAACUGUUGCUUCUCGGCACUGGGGAAAGUGGGAAGAGCACAUUCAUCAAACAGAUGAGGAUUAUCCACGGCACCGGUUAUUCAGAUGAGGACAAAAGGGGUUUCACCAAACUAGUCUACCAGAACAUCUUCACAGCCAUGCAGGCAAUGAUCCGAGCAAUGGAGACGCUCAAGAUCCCCUACAAAUAUGAGCACAACAAGGGCAACGCCAACAUUGUGAGAGAGGUGGAUGUAGAAAAGGUCGGCAUGUUCGAGAAUCCUUAUGUAGAUGCAAUCAAGAGCUUAUGGAAUGACCCGGGGAUCCAGGAGUGCUAUGAUCGAAGGAGGGAAUACCAACUUUCAGACUCCACUAAAUAUUACCUGAACGCUUUGGACCGGAUUGCAGAGCCAGCCUACCUUCCCACCCAGCAGGAUGUGUUGAGGGUUCGAGUCCCCACCACGGGCAUCAUUGAAUACCCAUUUGACCUGCAGAGUGUCAUAUUCAGGAUGGUGGAUGUUGGAGGUCAGAGGUCGGAGAGGAGGAAGUGGAUCCACUGCUUUGAGAACGUCACAUCUAUUAUGUUCCUGGUAGCGCUCAGCGAGUACGACCAAGUUUUGGUGGAAUCAGACAACGAGAACCGGAUGGAGGAGAGUAAAGCUCUGUUUCGGACAAUUAUCACAUACCCCUGGUUCCUGUUGGAUAAAGAAGAGUCGCUCAUCCUCUUCCUCAACAAGAAGGACCUGUUGGAGGAGAAGAUCAUGUACUCUCAUCUGGUUGAUUACUUUCCAGAGUAUGAUGGUCCCCAGAGGGAUGCCCAAGCAGGACGAGAGUUUAUCCUCAAGAUGUUUGUGGACCUGAAUCCAGACAGCGAUAAGAUCAUCUACUCUCACUUCACCUGUGCCACUGACACAGAGAACAUCCGUUUUGUCUUCGCCGCCGUCAAAGACACCAUCCUGCAGCUCAACCUAAAGGAGUACAACCUGGUGUAGAGCGGAGCGGGGGGCCACCAGCAGAGGAGGCCCUCAGCACACACUGACUGACGCAAUCUGUGAAAAGAUACAUCACAUACACAGACAUGCAAAGAAAAUCAGAGAAAAAAAAUCUAUUGGUUGCAUAAUACUAAUUUAUUUGCCAUUUGUUGAUUUCUUGGUCCCCAAGGGGUGAGCAAAGUAAAUGGUAUCUUGCUAUUUAAGGAGUUAAUGAAAUGUAGCGAGGGGGAGGGGGCAAGAUAUUUGGAAGGGUCGGGGAAGGAUUUGCUGUUGAAUAUGUACAGCAAUGAUCCUCGUUUCUAGGCUUUGCGCAUUGUGAAGUUUUUUUUGUUUUUGUUUUUCUGUUUUUUAACGGAAACUACUUUGUGCACUCAAGGUUUAGGGGGCUUGUCAGUCUGAUACAUCAGAGCUGGAACAAAUGCAAUGUGCUCCCUCCCUCCUGCCUUUUUAUAAGCUUCGUCCCGGGCGUUUACCUGUAUGCCCAACAGGAAAUUAUGUAACACAUCACUAAUUGACAGCUUCACCUUUUUCCUUCAAAGGACUGAUUGGCAAGUCUCUUGAUAAAUAGGCAUAAACUGUGAUUUUUAAAUUAUUUCAUACUGAUUUGGUAUUCAUAGACUUGAAUCAUUAUUAUUAUUAUUAUCAUUAUAAUUACAUUGCAUUCACUUUGGUACCAUGUGAUGAGUAGAGCAUGUGUGACCAUGGAAGUACAUUCUCCACAUGGUGUGUCGGGUCACAUGUCAGUUCUCGGCAUAACCAUGAAGUUCAGACGUGUCAGAGUCUUUACCACCACCAGGUGAGGAGGCACACAGGGAUCUCUACUCUGUCAUGUUGAAGGUCAUGAUGGAGCUGGUUGCUUUACACAGACAGAAGGUAGUAGAAGAGGUAAUAAUUUAAGACAAUGGUUUUAAAUGAUUAUGUUAAACUGUGCCACAUUAACACUUUUUGUUAUGGUAAUAUGUAUAUUUAUUGCCGAUGCCAAAACAACUCAAGCACCAGUCUCCACUUUGCGCUGUUCACUACUUAAAUCAAAAGUGUUGAGGACAGGAAAAGAGCAGGGCUAAAGAACGCAGAGGGAGCGGACUGACCGACUCAUUGAUCGACCUGCAGUUUUUUUGAAGUAUUCAACAAUGGUAUUCCCUCCAUGCACUCACAACUUGAACUGACUUAAGCUACAGUCAGUUAGCAGGCUGUUUGGAGAUGAGGACGCCACCCAGUGCGCUGAAUUGCUCGAACUGUCCAAUCACAACCUUGCGCGUUGGGUACAAAACCCCUCCCCCUGGCCUGCAGACUAUCCAGUCACAUUUUAGCUGUGUCUAUCGUCCAAUCACAGCCCGGCUGUCUUGACUGUUAAUGUCAGUAGCAGUGGCAAAUAGAUUUGGCUUAUUCCUACAAGAGUGUUGAUGUUGAGUUUGUACCAAAGUAAGCCCUUCUUGUUUCUGAUUGGCUCCUCUGAUUUGCAAUUCCUCAUUCCCAAGUUACUUUUGUAUUUUUUUUGUAACAAUUCCCUUGAACAUAAGCCUGUAAUUUACAUUUAUUGAGGCAUAGUGCAAUUAUGAAUGCUAUAAUCAUUGUACAUACAUCUCUCUAUAUAUAUAUGGCAGCAUCUUUGUUGGCUUUGUAAUCAUUACUUUUUUGGCAGAUUGAAUGUGAGGUAUUGAAAAUAUGUAUCUAUGUAAUUGUAUUGUAUGUCUUAUGGCUAAUUCAUUUUUGGAAGAAAAAAUAUGUUUGUUUUUGUUUCCUUUUUAAGAGGAGAAUGUAGAUUUUGUGUUUUGCCAGUUUCAUUUCUCAGCAAAGAAACAUUGUUCAGCUUCAGAACAGCAUAAAGAGGAAUAUUAUAAUCCAACAACAGAUUGACUGGUAUGCCAGUACUUAUAGUAGCCGGUCUGUUAACAUUUAAAUUUAUAUGAAAAACUGCAGACUGAAUCCAAUCUACAGGGCUAAUUGUAAUAGUUUAGUUCUUAACUGGUUUCAGGAACAGAGCACUUAGGAGCAUAUAGGAGUAAUCACAUCACUCUUUGAUUCUUAUUCUUUUGUAUUUGAUUUCAUUACACAGCUUCUCAAUAAGUAUUAAUUAACUUUGAGAUUUCUUAGUCUACCGCACACGUUCCUGAACACACCCCACCCCACCACUAAACACCUUUGUAGGCAGGCAGCAAAGUGUUGCUUUUGCUCAGAUUUUGUAUAAAAAUCUUGUUACAGAGGAGAUUUUAGUAUCUGAUUGUUUGUGCUAACAGUUGGGAAUGCCAUCGUCCUUUACAUCCCCUCAAAUGAACCUCCACGCUGAUAAAAACUCAGUAUGGUAGAGUCUGUCACCGACGAGUGUACACAAAUGUGCAAAAAUGACUCAAUCAUUUGGCCUAAUUAGGAUGAUACAUUUACAGGUGCUUUAUUUCUUUCUGUUUUUACUUCAUUUCCAUCUUGAUUGCCACCAUUUCAUUAGAAUGUACAGUAUUAUUUUAGACUUUAUUUAUAAAAUGACUACAAAGGAGAAAAUACACAACAGUUCACAUGUACAUAUUGCCUUAUUGAAUAAGCUGUGCCUCUGAAGUCCCGUGCAAGGCACCUGUGUUUUUAUGAGAAGUGAAGCUAGUGCAGCCAAUAAUGUCCCAUUGUGCAGCUGGAGGAUUGUUUGGUUUUGGCUUGGUGGUCUCUCUUUGUUAUUCUGUGCUAUAAGAAGACCUGGGAACAGCUUUGAACAGUGCAGCUCAUGUAGCUAAUAUGCCAUUAUAAGCACAUCAUGAGUGAAUUGUAAUCAGAACACACUUAAAAUUAAUUUCCUAAUGUUGUCACAUCAGAUUCAUCAUGUCUUAAAGUCUAUGCCACAGUGCAUUAUAAUGCAUUAAACCUGUGCUUGUAAGGUGUUACAAUCUGGACUCAAAAUCACCACCAGCCACCUGUGGAGUGUUUUUUUGACAUUUGGCUGUGGUUUGGCAUCUACCAGCCACUUUGGCAGGGAACCAGCCCUCACUUGGAGGUCCUGUUGUUAUCAGAUAUUUCCGCUAGCUGGUAAAAAUGCUUACAGGGAUGGUUGAUUUUGGCAGGCAGCAACCACUUCAACAAGUUAAUGUCCAGUCCAGUUCACAGUGUACUUGAAGUGAAUGAAGAUCUUACAAUAAACUGUAACUUGUUUAAACAAUUCAUACUGCAUUCUGCCCACUGAGCUUUGACCGUCCACCCCAUGUAUGUGAGCCUCAAAAAGUAAUUCAGAAAGCAAAAGUGAUAAAACCGGGGGUGUGUGAACUCAUAGUGAAUCUAAGAUUAACUUGUGGUUUAACUUUUUUUACACAACAUUGAAAGUAGAUUUUUAAAUUAUAAUUGGAUUUUGUCAGAUAAAUAUGAGCCACAAAGGGCUGUUUCCAACCUUUGUGAGUGACUUUGUUCUCAUCAUCACUCUGAGGAUUUUCCCUUUAAGAGAGUACAGAUUCCAGCUGGUGUUGACUUGCUGACACCAAUGGAAACGUGUGCUGUUGUUUAAAUUUCAUGCAGUAUGUUUAAGAGCAGUGUUGCAUACAGUAUAUAGAGGACAAUGAUAUGUAGACCUGCAGGGUCGACUUUGGGGAAGAUAACUUUCCAUCAACUGCUCUUUUACUCAAGUCUGAAACACUUAGCCCACUUUUGGCUUUCUUUGCCUCCGAAUCAUGAAGAUAUAAAAGUUUAAUGACUCAUUUUGAAAUAGUGCUAUUAUAAUGAUUUCCAAUCAGAAUUGUGUAAAAUGUUUCCUGUAUCCAUAAACUCGCACUCCUUCGACAUGUUUAUGAAUGAAGCAACAUGUUUCUUUUCAAAAGUA